AAUUUUAUUUUUUUACGUUUGUAGAUAAUUUUGACAAGAAAUUUGAUGGAAAGUAUAAAUCUCUACUAGCACUACUACAAAAAUAUAAUUUUGAUAACAAAAAAUAAUGGCGGAAAUAAACAUGAAAAAAAAUGGGCAAGAUCAGCCUAACAACGUUACGGGAACACAAAUUUGUCCAACAUGUGGUGGAGUGAUUGAUCCAAAUAACAGCAUGCAAUAUUUUGGUAUGCCAGGAAAUCAAACCACACUGAACUUCGGUGAAAUUAAAAAUUCAGACAAUGCUAGUAAUACACAUCGUAAGAAAGGCUUAAAGAAGGCUCCUCUUCAAUGGAAAUCCAGUAAGUCCACUUGCACUCCUGUACGUACAUUCUUUCAAAAACAAGAACAUGUGAUGAAACUAAUGCCAAAUUCAUCGAUUGCACUGGCUAAUACAGAAAAUUUUGAAGCAGAUAAGGAUAAAGUGGACACUGAUUCUAAUAGUGCUGGUUAUCUUGCCAAUGUAAAAUUACAACCCAAACAAAAAAAGAAAUGUCUCCAACGCAAUAAAGUGGCCCCUCAUCAGAGAAAACCCUACAUACUUAGUUCUACUAAUGCUAAUAUACGUGCGUUUUUGGAAAAACAAAAAGAGGUGAAGAAACUCAUGGAACAGUCAUCAACUACACAGAGGCGUACAGAAAACUCAAAUAGGAACAGUAAAUGCGAAACCGAUUCUAGUAGGCAUGAUACAAUAACCGCUGUAAAGUUUCAACGUAAGCCAAAGAAGAAAUCUCUUAUGUAUAAUAAAAUAGCUAAAGUGGGUAAAAAGAGAUUAUCAAAACUGGUUAAAAUUCGGAAAAAAGCAUGCAUGCUCAAUUCUACUAAUGCUAAUAUACGUGCAUUUUUAAAAAAACAAAAGGAGGUGAAGAAACUAAUGCAACAAUCUUUAACUAUAGUUAACACUAACAAAAAUUCAUUUUCUGAGAAAAGUUAUGUAGAUAUCGAUGGUCGUCUUCAUGAACGUAUAGGAAUUGAAAAGCUAAAACAUAGACAAAAUAAGAAAUGUCUCAAACGUAAUAAAGUUGGAAAAAAGUAUAGAAUGAAAUUAUCAGGGCUACCAGCAAGACAAAAGGGAAAAGCUAGAAAGAAAAUUAGACGGCUUAAAAAAGAAAUGCAUACUGAUAAUGAAUCUUGCAAUAGCUCAAUACCUGAUAAACGAAAGAAAGAAGUCAAAAUAAAAGAACAACAACGUAAAGCUAUUGUGAUUUUACCACAAAAGAAAAAAGAAAUGAGCGAUGGUUACAAAUAUGUUAUAGAAACUAAUUCGCCUUUACCAUAUGGGACAUUUCUUUUUAGUGUUGAUAAUAAGAAAAGUGGAAAACACUCAGUAUCUCAAAAUGCUUGUUCUGAAAAUGAUUCUUCUGAAAGUGAUUCAAGUGAUUCCUUCUCUAAUGGUUACCAACCUAGUACUGCUUUGUGUCACAAGAAACGUAAUAGGCGUUCGAACUAUGACGAUCUAAUUCAGAAAUACAAAAAUAAAAUUCCCUACAAACGUAGAUAUAAGCACCGCUGGGAUCUUGACUGAAAAAGCAUCAUUUCUGUGAAUACUGACUAUAUACUGACAAAUUGUCUUGACUAACUCAAAAUUUCUAAUGUACUUAACAAGUGAAAUAUUGAAAUAUAUUGUUACCUCUCUAAAAAGUACGAAACUAGCUGAAAUAUAUCUUCUAUUUUAAUGUUAAUAAAAUAGUCAA